ACCAAACUUGUGCGACCGAGAGGAAAGUCGAACCAGCUUUGCUAACUGGCAGGUUUAGAGUCUCUCCGCUGGCAAUGGGGGACAUGAAAACCCCGGAUUUUGAUGACUUGCUUGCAGCGUUUGACAUUCCUGACAUCGAUGCGAAAGAGGCCAUUCAGUCCAACCCAGAGGUGCACCGGGAUGAGCAGGGUCCUCACAGUGAGCCAUCUGGGGUCAGCGUCAUUGUGAAGAACACAGUUCGACCAGAGUCUUCUGAACAUGAAGAGAAGCCUGUCGGGGAUAAAACAGGCAGUCCGUUAAGUGCCUUGGUCUCCCAGGUUCCUGUGAAGUUGCAGGACCUCACCUCGGAUCUUGGUCCCAAGCUGUCAGCUAGUGCUACCAUGGAGCCUCGGAUAACCAAUGGCUUUGAAGAGAUAGAGUCCAAUACACAAUCAUGGUCCCAGAGUUCUCCUUUUGGGUCCACAACCAGUGACCACAAUGCUGCUGGUCCCACUUCAUCAUCCGCUCCUUCAGCACUUCCUCACCUUUCACCUCACGCACCUCUGAAUGUUGAAGCGGAUCCUCCUGGUAACCCAUUGCCCCCCUUGAUACAAAAUGCAAACCUGGACACUGAAAUCAAGCACAUCAUAGACGAAGAUGAAGAUGACUCUGAACCAGAUUUAGGAAGUCCACUGGUGAUUCAGGAGAGCCCAGAAUCCGGAACAUCUUCCCCUCCCAAAUUUAAACGCAGAGCAAAAUUACAUCUUGAUCAGCUGGGGUCCCAUGAAGAUACUUCUUGUCUUGUUUCUCCUCCACCUGAUCUCUCAUCACCAAAUAAACUAAAAACUCAGCAUGAAGAUGGCAGAGAGCCUUCUGCCCCCAGCUCUCCCAACACAUCUCUACAAAAAUGCCAGGACCUCCUCUCGCCAGUCAGCACAAGCUCAGCAGUGGUCCAGGAGGAGAAAUACCCAGAGCAUGUAAUCGAUGAGAGAGACUCACCUGAGAGCCCACCUCCCAGUGAGACUGGUCUUGUGUUCACCACCAGAAACAGCAGCCCAGGUUCAGUCUCCAUUUUGAAUCAGGAGAAACUAAAUCACCAAGAGGAGCUCGUUCAAGGUGAGUACAGUCAAGAGGAGAAGGCAGGAGACACCGAAGAACGGAGUGAAAGCAUGGCAGAAGAAAAAGUAAAAACAAAUGAGGUGAACUGCAGUACUGCUAGCGAGGAUACAGUGGCUUCAAGUGUUGCAGAGAUGGUUUCCUCUCCACUCAGGCCACUCAAAGUUAAAAUCAAAAUGCCUACUGGGAGCAUCACAAGAACCGUGACUGGUCUGCCACCUAAAAGGAGCGGAAAGGCCACUGCAAAGGAAGUGGACGGUGCAAAACCUUCAUCAGAACACCAGAACGCAAAGUCCAAAAAGGAGCAGUCGGAUUUACCAGCAGCAGCAAUUCCAGAUGCUGCUGAUGCAGGUAAAGAGAAGUCCUCAGUGGAGACCAAGACCAAAGUGUCCCCAACAGCAGUGAGCAUCACAAAGACUGCAGCACUGCCCUCCGUCUCCUCCUCCAGGACCAGUCCGGGUGCAGUCAACCUGCGCAGUCUGGGGCAAAAAACUCUCAACAGCGGGAUGACCACUUUAACUCAGCACCCAGCUCUAACCAGCAACAGACCUGCUUCUAUAGUCAACAGCACGGGGGCGAUCAUUUCAAAGAGCCAGACCAACCUGGUGGAAGCCUUCAACAAAAUCCUCAACAACAAGAACCUGCUGCCCAGUUAUAAACCAGAUCUGAGCUCUGCUCUUCCAGCCGAGUGGGGCCUUUCUCUCCCGGCACAGGGUUAUCGCUGUCUGGAAUGCGGUGAUGCCUUUGCCUUGGAGCAGAGUUUGGCGCAGCACUACGACCGGCGCUCGCUGAGGAUCGAAGUGACCUGUAAUCACUGCGCCAAGCGGCUGGCCUUUUUCAACAAGUGCAGCUUGCUUUUGCAUGCCAGAGAGCACAAGGAGCGAGGCCUGAUCAUGCAGUGUUCGCACCUCGUCAUGAAGCCUGUACCUGUGGACCAAAUGAUCAGCCAGCAAGAACCAGGAGCAGCAGCACCGUCAUCGUCCGUUUCAGGUCAGUCCAGUUUGAAACAAGCUCCUCAGCCACAUCAAGCAGCAGCUGCUAAGAAAGACGCAGACUUGGUGCAGUACUCGAGUAAUAAAUGUCCCGAGUGUCAGGCGCAGUUUGGCAGCAAAGAGGAAGUUUCUGACCAUUUCCAAGAAAUCAAACUGGCUCACAGCACUUCGUGCACAGAGUGCUCUCCUCCCAUGCUCCUCCCCAACAGCUGCAGCGCAGCAGCACAUCAGCGCAGCCACCAGGGCAGCCCACCACACAUCUGUCCAGAGUGCGGGGGCACGCUCAAGCAGCCUCAGUUUCAGAAGCAUCUGCUCGAGACUUGUUUGCACUUUUCUCGCCGCAUUGGGUACAGAUGUUCCAGCUGCCUCGUCGUGUUUGGAGGGCUGAACUCUGUGAAGUCUCACAUCCAACAGGCUCAUUGCGACAUGUUCCACAAGUGUCCCAGCUGCCCCAUGGCCUUCAAAUCUGCCCCCAGCAUUCAGAGCCACAUUACAUCUCAGCAUCCCGCCCUCACUGGUGGACAGGCUAUGCUAAUUUAUAAAUGUGUCAUGUGUGACACAGUUUUUACACACAAGCCGCUGCUGUACUCCCACUUUGACUCUCAUUUAACCAAUCAGAAGGUGCACGUCUUCAAAUGCCCUGAGUGCAUCAAGCUGUUUUCUCAGAGAAACUCCCUGCUGGAUCAUUUCAAGACCCACAAGACUCGCCUGUCAAAAGUAGAGCAGCCUCCUUCUACAGCUGCUUCCUCACGUGUUUCUGUGAAAUUAGAGAGCUCAGAAGAAGAAAGGAUGGAUAAAGAGAAAGUGAAGACUGAAAGGAUGAAGACCCCUUCGGGGUGGAAGUGUCGUUCUUGCAACACGCCGUUUACAGAACGGGAAGACUACAUCGCUCAUAUGAGCCAAGAGCAUGGCAAGACGUUAAAGAAGUUUCCCUGUAACAAAUGUGAGAGCUCCUUCACGACCACUUCCAGUAUGGGGCGCCACAUCAGAGAUAAGCACAAAAUCAUGACUCGAGGCUUCCGCUGCCAGUUUUGUUCUAACAGUAAGAAGACGUUCAGCAGCCGAGCGAUGCUGGACAGGCACGUUCAGCUGAGACACAGCACGAGCAACACGGGCCAGGACACCCUGACGAGAGCCGACGACGCUGAGAGUUCCUCAGAACAGGAUGGAGGUUUCAGGUCUCGGCGGAGACGUCGGGCAGCUGUGAAAACGGAGCGGGAUGCAGAGUCCACAGACAGGACGAGUCCGGCAAAGAAGCUACGGUCCUCCUCCACUCCUGCUGGUCAGCCAGAGUCUGGGUUCAGCUGUGCUCCCUGUGGAUUCACCACAGAGGACAAGGCAGCCUUCGCCGAGCACAUCAGCCAACACAGGCGAGGAGGGACGGAGGGCGGCGAUCUGCAGUGCGUGCACUGUGGCGCCUGCUUCACGUCCACGUCCUCCCUGUCCCGCCAUCUGUUCAUCACCCACAAAGUGAGGGACGAGUUCAGCGACGGCCAGCAAGAUGUCGGCGCGCACCCGUCGACCUCCGUUAACUUCAAGAACCACGACGAUAAGAGUUCCCUGAACGGUUCUGACUCGGCUUCACCCCCCACGGGUCAGGAGGACGGAUCGUUCACCUGUAAGGUCUGCGGUAAACACUUUGAGAAGACCACUGACCUGAACACACACUUCAGAACUCACGGGAUGGCUUUUAUUAAUGCAAGGAACGCAAGCAAAACCUCGUGAAGAUAACACAAGUGUCUGAUGUUCAUGGAGGAAAAAAACUGUGCAAGUGCCUUUUUUCAUACGUAGGUCACACACGUACUAAAUAACCAAAGAUUAUUCAUCUUAAACGUGUCAAUAAAUGUGUUGUAAAACAGUUCAAU